UUUCACCUGGCUCUUCUUAAGCUUGUAGCUCCCCACUAGCUGAGCUAGUCAUGCGCAUACACACAUUUGUUCUGCACCGAAGGCAGAGCAUGAAAGCGACGACACGGCGCGGUGCGGCCGGGGGCCUACUCGCCAAGAAGAAGAAGAAGGCCGCGCGCGGCUUCAUGUGCGGCUGCGGUGGCUCCAAGUCUGUCUCCACCAUCUCCCGCGCCGCCGCCGCCAACAUUUCCGCUGUCACGACGACACCGAUGAAGACCGCAACAACGGCGUCUGCGGUGAAGCCAGUGUCAGCUGCGAAGACGACGGUCGUGUCGGGCUACCGCGAUGUGGACGCCGACGACGCGGACGCGAGCGCAGAGGGCACGCCCAGCGUGGACGCGCUCCUGCGGCAGUUACGUGAGCUGGAGCGCGGCGUCCGCGAGUUGGGCGUCCGGGAACGCGGGGACGACGUCGGCGCUCACGGUGGCAACGCGCCAAGACGGCCGUGGCACAGGCGGAGCGCAAGCGAUCUGGGAGGCGGCGGCGGCGUCGGGCGACUGGAGUCCGAGAGCGUGGCGGUGGUGACGGAGUCGGCCGAUCCUCUGGGCGACUUCCGGCAGUCGAUGGUGCAGAUGAUCGUGGAGAACGGGAUCACCGGCGGCGCGGAGCUGCGGGAGCUGCUGCAGCGGUUCCUCUCGCUCAACUCGGCGCGCCACCACCACCUCAUCCUCCGCGCCUUCGCCGACGUCUGGGAGGAGCUCUUCGCCGGCGGCGGCCACGGCCCUGCACCGCCACCUCUCCCGGCCACAGGAAUCUCGUACAGAAGUAGGGCCAGCAAACGUCCGCACGCUCGCGCUGACACGUUAGCUACAGUCCCGUGAGACAAUUAAGAUCCGCCCUCGUGAAUUGUUGCUGUCCGAAAUGUACAGACGUACAAUCAUAUGCCUUGCACGCGUGGUUUUCUGUGCCGUGACCUGAAAUCUGUGCUUCAUUCUCGCGAGUUUCUUGCGUUCUGUACAUAUCUUACGUAACACUAAAACCUCCGUGAAUUUUGCAUGGUGCUACUGUGUUAGCUGCGUGCUGCACUACUACUUCGAUCGACCACACCAUGCGUGGUGCGCGGAAGGAGAAGGCAACAUCGGCA